UUCCCCGUCAAAGGAAAGCGAACGGGUCACGACAGCCGGGUCAGGCCGUUCCCGAGCCGCGCAGGAGGCUCGGGUUCUGGCAGCGCGGUUCUCCUGCUGCUUUUAAUUUCCGGGGGACGCCCCCCCCCCACCGCGAUGGAAAAUGCUGCGCGCCUGCCAAGUGGGUUUGAAAAGAUCAGACAAAGGCCGCAGGAAGCCCUCGGGCUGCAGGCGUGAGAGUGAGAGCGAGGAGCUCCGAUGGAGGAGGACGACGAAGGGGUGGGUGCAACCAUUCAGAGAGAACAACUCCGCGGCCUCCACUUUUUAAUCCACCCCCUUCCUCCUCCUUCCCCCCGCGAUUUAAAGUAAUGCAAGCCUGGGUGGGGAAUGCAUCGGCAGCCGUGCCUUUGGGCUGAGAGCCCGGAGUUUUAAAGCUGCUUUUCUGAUGCGCCGACGGGUUUUGCAGUUUGAAUCCGACUGCGCAACGAGCAGCAGCAGCACGGUCACGUGACGCAGUCCCGGGGAUCGCGAAUUGAUCGAUUGGCCCCCCCAAAAAAAGGGAGAGACUGAGACACACAGAGAGAGAGAAAGGGAGAGAGGCCAGUGGGGAAGAUCGGGUCAAAAAAAUAUGGAGACGCACAUCUCCUGUCUCUUCCCGGAGAUUUUAGCCAUGAUCUUCAGUUAUCUGGACGUGCGGGACAAAGGGCGAGCGGCACAAGUGUGCGCGGCCUGGAGGGACGCUGCUUACCACAAAUCCGUCUGGAGGGGGGUCGAAGCCAAGUUGCAUCUGAGGAGAGCCAACCCUUCCCUGUUCCCCAGCCUGCAGGCCAGGGGCAUCAGGCGGGUGCAGAUCCUCAGCCUGCGCCGUAGCCUCAGCUACGUGAUCCAGGGUAUGCCCAACAUCGAGAGCCUCAACCUCAGCGGCUGCUACAACUUGACAGACAUCGGCCUGGGGCACGCGUUCGUGCAGGAGAUCCCGUCCCUCAACGUGCUGAACCUGAGCCUCUGCAAACAGAUCACCGACAGUAGCCUGGGCCGAAUCGCGCAGUACCUCAAGAACCUGGAGGUGCUGGAGCUGGGCGGCUGCAGCAACAUCACCAACACCGGCCUUCUGCUCAUUGCCUGGGGCUUGCACAGACUCAAGAGCCUAAAUUUGAGGAGCUGCCGGCAUGUCUCGGAUGUCGGCAUCGGCCAUUUGGCUGGCAUGACCAGGAGCGCUGCGGAAGGCUGCUUAAACCUCGAGUAUCUGACUUUACAGGACUGCCAGAAACUCUCGGAUCUCUCCUUAAAACACAUCUCCAAAGGCCUGACCAAGCUUAAGGUUCUCAACCUGAGUUUCUGCGGUGGGAUUUCUGAUGCGGGUAUGUUGCACCUAUCACACAUGACCAGUUUGUGGAGUCUCAACCUGAGGUCCUGUGACAACAUCAGCGAUACCGGCAUCAUGCAUUUGGCCAUGGGCAGCUUGAGACUGACGGGCUUGGACGUUUCCUUUUGUGAUAAGAUAGGCGACCAGAGCCUGGCUUACAUCGCUCAAGGCUUGUUUCAGCUCAAGUCGCUUUCCCUCUGCUCCUGCCACAUAAGUGAUGACGGCAUCAACAAAAUGGCUCGGCAGAUGCACGAAUUGAGGACCCUAAAUAUCGGCCAGUGUGUAAGGAUUACAGACAAAGGACUGGAGCUCAUAGCUGACCACUUGACCCAACUCACUGGCAUUGAUCUUUACGGCUGCACAAAAAUCACCAAAAGGGGAUUGGAAAGAAUAACGCAACUUCCCUGCCUGAAAGUUCUUAACUUGGGACUCUGGCAGAUGACUGAAAGUGAAAAAAUGCUCCCAGUCCUGAUGAGUGUCUUCAAAACUUUGUUGUAUUGUCAACUUAAGCUUUGCUGGAUAGGGCAAAGCAUGAAGAUGCAAUGGCCAGUGACAUGGCUGUGUUCAAGGGGUUUUGUAUUUAACAUGGUUUGUUAGUGUCAAAAAGCACUAAGUACUGUUAACAUUGUAGUAAUCGCAUUAACAUAAAUUGUAGUAAUUUAGCUGAAACAGACAAUAGGAAGGUGCAUGUUUCAGAUAUCUCUU